AUGGAAGAAUCAGAAUCGUCUGCUCCCAAUAAUUUAACAGAUACCAUAGGUGAAUUUAAUGGUGUUAAUUACAAAAUAGAUCAUCGUGACACAAAUGCACUUCUUUGUAUAACAUUACAACCAAACGUUUCAUUUUAUGCACAACCUGGAGCUAUGGUUGCUAUGAGUUCAGAAGUGACAAUCAACGGAAAAUUUAAUUUUUCAUUUACAGAAUUGUUGACUGGUGGUGAAAUGGCUCAAACAACAUUUACUGGUCCUGGAGAAGUGCUACUUUCACUAUCUAAUUGCGGUAAUAUCGUUCCUAUUCAAUUGGAUGGUAAAACUCAAUGGAAUAUAGACAGAAAUGCUUUUUUAGCUAUGACUGCUGGUAUUGUAAAAGAAACAAAAUUUCAAGGAUUUAGUAAGGGAAUGUAUUCUGGUGAAAAUCUUUUUGUUGAUUGUAUAUCAGGUGUUGGAAUUAUUUUUGUCAAAUCAUCUUGUGCUAUUGUACAACGUCAUUUAAAACAAGGUGAACAAUGGAUUGUUAAUAAUGGACAUUUAGUUGCAUGGAAUUGUCCAUAUUCAAUUGAAAAAAUUGGUUUUAGUCUUAUGAGUGGAAUUCGUAAUGUAGAAGCUUUUGUCUAUAGAUUUGCUGGCCCUGGAACAGUUUUUAUUCGUGUCAAUACGAAAUAA